AUGGCCGCGUCCAGCUGCCCACUCGGACUCGGCGGGACGAAGCCUGCGCCAGCAGCCUCAGGCGGUGAGGCGCGUAACGAUGCUUCUGGCCAGUCGUCGGCAUCUUCAACCUCCACGGCUCAGGCUUCCCAGAAGUCGCCUGGGCUCAGCAGCGAGCGAGAAGUGUCCACCAUACCUUCCGCCGAUGGGUCGCCAUUUAUGUAUCCUUCCGAGAAGCAGUUUUUCGCUUCCGCAACGGCGAAGGGCCACACGCUCGACCCACAGGACAUGAGCAUGGUCAUAGCAAUUCACAAUGCUGUGAACGAGCGGACCUGGCAAGAGAUCCUCAAGUACGAGGGCUUGCACCGCAAGGAAUGUGCAGAACCGAAGCUCCUUCGAUUUCUCGGGCGGCCGGGAGAGCUGACACCCAAGGCCCGCCUGACCAGCUUCUUUGGACGGACGUUGCCGUUUGACCGCCACGACUGGCAUGUAGAUCGGUGUGGCAAGCACGUUCGAUAUGUGGUGGACUUCUAUGAUGGACAACAGAGUCCGACGCAUGCAGUGUCCAUACACAUUGAUGCCCGUCCUGAGGCGUCUCGUCAGCAUCGCAGUUGCAGGGUUACUCUUGAAUUGUAG